AUGAAUGCAAACUGCCAACCCCUUUGCUGUUGCAUGCCACAGUACUGUGCUGUUUUCUGCCAACAAGCUUGUCCAAAACCGCAACAGCAAUGCCAGUUAAAGCAAAAAACUUUCCCGAGCAAACAGCCGACCAACGUACAAACGCAGCAACAAAACAGUGCCCCACCACAAACAAAUUAUCAAAAUGGACAACAAAUUAAUGGUCAGCAGCAAAUUUAUAAUCAGCAACAAAGAUGCUCACAAGCACAACAACAAUCGUAUUUCCAAUCUAGGCAACAAAACAAUUGUCAACUACAACAAUGCGGACCUAUGCAGAACUAUCCGCAAACGCGUUUCAUGUGCCAGCAAAAUAUUGUUUCUGAACGACCGAUGCAAUCUCAGUGUUUAAAUGAGAUGAGUGAACUUCCAAAACCGCAAGGUACUCAACAGAAUGAUCCUAGCAACAACCCAGUUAACCACUUUGCUGAAUCGCAUGCAAAACUAGAAAAAUGCAUUAAACUGUGCCUCGACAAAUGUCAUUCGAUUCAAAUGAAACACCAUCAACAAGUGUCAAGUUUUUACGAAAAAAGUUACAAUCCUGCAAAAACAGAGUGUAUUCCGAAACAACAAGACGCUUGCUUUUCUCAAACGCCAUGCCCAGACAAACAAAGAACAUCAUAUCUUGACAGGUGCUCUCCCAACGAAUUGCAGUCUCCACAAAUUCAACAAAAUCAUCAAAACUGCAAUGAAGGAUGGAAACACGGCACGAACAACCAGCCUACAUCUGACGCUUCGCCAAUCAACACAUUGAAUUUCAUUGAUCAGUGUCAGCCAACUUCGAACGUUACAGAUGAUUUCAAAAGUUACCAAAAGUGCAAUAAAAACGCUACCUCAUUAAAAAAACCUACUAUAAAUUACAAUGAGGAAUUUUUGAAAUGUCAGCAAAAGUUCAAAUCUUUAAACAAAGAAUUAAUUAAUCCAUCAAGCAUCGUCGUCCGCAAAGGGUCGCCAAAAUUAUCAAAUCAGUUUAAGAGUCAAUUAUGCAAAGAAGAGCCAAAUAAUGAACCAAUGUUUAAAAAUUGCUCACAUUUUAAAUCUAUUUGGGAUUCAGAAAGAUAUCCAGCCAUUGCACAAACCCCGUUCGGACAAACGAAUGUUAUAAAAAAAUCAAUUGAAAAUAACGAUCCAUCCACUCCUCGAAGACGUUUCGACCACGUUGCCGAAAGUGUUAAUCCAUGCUCAGAAUAUAUACAAGCAGUGUGCAACUGUUUGAAACAAAAUUUCAGUGGCUCAAUAAACGAAGCUAAGCUUUCCGUAAGUGAUAACCAACGCAAACGUUCAAAAAAAGAGCGAAAAAGAAAGGAUUGUCUGAGAAUUAAAAUAACGGGAAAAAAUUCGUCCGAGGAAAAUAUGUUGUUUCAAAUACCAGUAAAUGUUUUUGAGAAAGGAAUAGAAUUUAUGAAUAACUGUCCUGUUCAACCAUUUUUAAAACAUAACAAAACUAAACUCAGUGAAGACAGAUUACACCGCAAAAGAAGCAAGUCUAUUAGUGAAAAAAAAUCAAAAUCAUCUGACACAAGCAAUAAUCAGUCAAUAAAAAUAAAUAAUCGAGAAGCGCUACAAAACUUUCGCAACGGAAAUGUGUUGAUGUUCUUCUUUUUCAUUUGGCAAUUUAUAUGCGAUAUGUUUCAUAGAUUGAGGUGUAGCAACGUAAAAAAUAACGUUAGGAGAUACGGCAACAAAAAACAUUCAAAAGAAUCAAAGCCUUCAAUUGAUCAGCAGCGGCAGCACGUUGAAAAGAUGCAGUCGGGCAAACAAAACAAAAGAACAUCGGACGGCACUUUGGAAUUUGGUUCACGAAGGCCUACGAAGUCAUCCAAUAAGAGUCGCAAGUCAAAGUCCAUCAACGAAGAAUGCGAUGACUCAUCAGACGGCAGCUUAUGUCACUUUAAAAGUAACUGCCCCCAAUUCGAAUGGUCUUCAGAAAGCAAUAUUAAAAGGCGAAACGAAAACAAAGAGCAGAAAACCAAUAGCGGUGAGACAAGAAGAAGUAGUGCUGAAGCAAAAAAAGAUAGUGGUGAAAUAAGAAAGAGCAGUGAAAUGAAGAAGACUAGCAUUGCUUUCAAAUUGGCAGAAAAAUUUGACGAAAGUUCUUCCGAUAUAAAUGCUGUUGAAAGCCAGUCAAAGGUUGAAAAAAACAGCAUCGGUGGGCCAAGUAGGCAGGCGAUGAAACCAGCCAGCAGGAACACAAGUCUCAAUCAUUGA